UAACGUUACAUAACUACUGCGGUCGUCCUCUGCUAGCAAACUCCAAACAAACAGAAUAAUAUAUUAGGCCUACAGGGAGGUUAGUGUUUGAUAAUCUAAACAGACUGUAGGUUUGUCUUCACACUUUUCAAACUGAAAAGUAGUUCUACAAAUAUGACUGUUCUUAUGAUCUGGCGCCACUUAUCGGCGUAUCGGUUGCUUCGUCCCAUUACCACGGCGUGUGCUACACCGGGCAGGUGCGCCGGAGGCUACAGUACAGGCGACGUGAUGCCUCAGAAUAGUAUGAACUAUGAGGGUAGACGAGGAGGAACGCAUCACAACACCUGUAAAGCCAAAGAUCAGUUCCCCAGAAAAGGUUUGGUUAAUGGAGCCGUUGCUCACAAUGGCUGUCAAGCUGCUUCCACCACAACCAGUGAGAGCACACCAGCUGGCACCCUUAAUGGUACCAAACCACAGUGCAUGGUUAAUGGUUAUAUUAACCAUGGGUACAAGGGCAAGAGUACAACAGCAGCGCGCCCAAGGACACAUGGAAGCACUAUUUCAGCUGCCACUGAUGCCCCAGCAGCUGGCAGGGUCCACAGUGCAAGCAUUCCAGGUGGUAUCCCAGUGAAUGGGACCACCAGACUAGACUCUGCUGCUUCGCUGUGUAAUUCAAAGCAAAUGGCACCACAACCAAACCUGUCAGCAACAGCAAAGAGCCAAAGAAGAAGGGAGAAAUGCAGACGUAGGAAGAGAAACCCUGAAGUUGUCUAUCCGGAGAACCCUCCACUCUCACAGAUGCCACCACAAGAAGAGGAAGACUGGGAGGGUGAGAUCCAAGAGGUCACACUGACUAACUGGGAAAAUAUCUGUUUUGGCAACAGACCCUACGGUCCACAAGAUGUGAUUCAUUUUUCUUUGCGGGAUUUGACACUUAAGCAAAGGGACACAGUGGACCUGCCGGUGACAGCCAAUUACAGCCCAGCCAUACACCACCGACUGCCUGUCCGAUGGUCCUGCUACGGCAUUCCCACUCAGCCCGGCCAGUUCGCAGACGCUGACGAUUUUACAGGAAGAAGACCCACAAUGUCAUUGUUAAUUUACUCGACCGAUGAUCAUUCCUUGUGAACUUGGCUUACCCUCAAGUGAAAAUCUAGUCCAGAGCACAAUUUGCAUAUGCCAUUUGUUUCAUCUUGAACUCUCUCCCAAACCCAUAAACCCCAGAAUGUAUCUUUUUGUAUUUUGUCAUGUCAUGAAUAGAUUAAGUCUCGUAGCUGCUUCUUUGGCAAUAAGUGUUACACUGUUGUUUUCACAUUCACGUGUCCUAUUUUGUCACUAGUAAAUGCUUUUUACUUAAAAGAAUGCUUGUUCCCCUCAAUACGAGGAAUCCCAUCUGUUUUUCAUUGUCAUUUGAGCUCUCGUACAUUACAAUACAUUUAGCAUUGUGAGAUGCUGCUUCACAUUCACAAAUCUUGACUGAAUCAGCAUCAUUUUUGUUUUUCUAAGGGUGUUUUCUUUAGGGUAUAUUUCCCCUUAAAUGCUGCAGUAGCUGUAAUAGUGUUGCAUUAUACAUUUGUGGGGGUGGUAUUAGAGUUAGAUUGUUAAGAAAAAGCGUGUUUCAUACAUGUUGUAAUCUGUUGAGUGAUUAAUGCCCCUAUAUGUCUCAAUGGACCAUUUCUCCACAUCCUGCUUUUGAAAAAAUAAACAGAUUGCUUCAUCUGGUU